CAGAUCAGCUGACAUCACUUGAACAGCAGUUAUCUUUCGUGAUGUAGGGACUUUCAGUUCGUGAGUUUACUUCUAAACUCAAAUUGUACUUUACAACUAGGAAGAAAACAAUGACAGAGCUUGAGUCCUUGCCUAACGAAUUGCUAAUAUACAUCUUGAAGUUUUUAGAUUCCACUGAUGUUAUUAAAGUGGCACAAACAUGCAAAAGACUGCUUCAAAUCUGUCAAGCUGAGAUACUGUGGCAGCACCUGUGUCAGAGAGAUUUCAAGUUUUGUUCCUUAAGAGGCUGGAGUUGUUCAUCAUUCCAUGAAGUUUAUGGCAAAGUGUUAUACCACUAUGGAAAGUUUCAAGGAUUUUGGAAGCUUCCUGGCAACGCAUAUGGCAUGCUAGUUCAUAUCAAGGUAGAGAAUGGUCAGAUUGUGGGUCAUGUUAUACAGCCACCCCUGUCAUGGAAUGUAGUCGAUCCUGUUCGCCUGAAACCUUUAUUUAUUAUCACAGUAAGGGACAAUGAAUGUGUUGUUCUGUGUAGACAAGGCUGCAGUGCUCAGAUCAAGAUGGAAUCAGAAAAAGCUACAUUUAAAUGUGAAACAUGCUUGGGCGACAACAAGUUUCCUCACAUUUCAGAGCAGAUAUUGCUUGCUUGGUUAGAAGAGGAGUUAGAAUCUUUACGGGGAAAUUUUGAUCAACGGAUGCUCAGGCAUUUUCUCCAAGGGAAUGUUAGCUUCCUACACAGGAUAUACAACCUUGCUGAGCAGACUCGUUACUGGUCAUCACUGCAGCUCACUAAAGUGCCUGAGCCACGUGGGUUUUCAAUAUCCCCAGUUACACCUGGUAUAUUCAAGGGGACAUAUGGUUCUCAUGGGCUGGAGUUCGUACAAAUCACACUGUCUGAGGAUGGAUACACACUCCUGGGGAACAAACUGACAGGAGAUCCAAAUGUUCCUGCAGGAGAAACAAGUUUGUAUAUUGAUCUCAGGCAGCCCAUACGUCUGACAACAGAUGAGCAAAGAAAUAUUGACAGUUUGAAAGAGUGUUACUGCCCCUAUUCUUCCUCAUCCAUUUCGGUUUGACCCUAGUGAGGUCCAACCCUUUUUCCUGUGCACUGACUUACUUGAGAGGGAGGCUCCAGGUGACCUCCCAAGGACAUGCAAAGCUAGGUUCAUCGCAAAGGGCAGGAUUGCAGGUCAUGGCUAUUCAGAUCCUUCUUUCAGCGAAGGCCAUUUUGUGGUUUUUCGACACGAUUUAUUUGGGUUUUUUUGGCUGAACCUGUGCGUCUUCUCCUUAUUUUCAUUAAUGACAGAGUGUAGUUCCACUGAAAACUUCUCUGGCUGUGAAACACAUAACUGAUGCAUCAGAAGAUUAUCUGACGAUUAUUUCUGAAGGACUGAAAUGAAAUGUAUACAAGUGGUACACAAACAGGUCAGAAAGUUUGAAGAGAUGAAGAGAACAGUCCUAAAUCAGCUUACGAAUGAAUAGGUGUUUUUUGGAAUGAUAUGGUAAAGCAGUCUUAUUUGUAGCCACUAUCUUAACCGUGUGUCUUGUGUAAUUCUGAAAGUUAGCUUCUAAAUUUCUGUCCAGUUAAGAUUCUUGUUUAUAUUGUUUCAUUCUUCUACAGCUGUUGGGGGACAUCCUGCAUUAUUAAAAUUUUUUAAUAUUGUUAAAUAUGAUUUUUUACAGUAUUUUAUAACUGAGAUAUGGUUACUGCAAGGUACUAAAUGCCCCUCUUCUCAUCUAGGUGUGGUACUUUAUAGUUAAUUGUUAUGUAUGCUUUGUGAGGAUGCUAAAUUUUGCUGAAAAAGUUAAAUAUGGCAUAGAUAUAAGAGUGUACAUCAAAUUUAUUGUGUUGUUAUUAUUAACUGCCAUAUUAUGGGUAUUCAUUGUCUCUUUGUGAGUAAUGAGGUCUGUCAAAAUAUUUCUGCAAAGAUUCCUGAAAUGUUUUAUUUCUGUAGAUAUGCCACAACAAACAGGACCAUCAGACAAAAUCGCUUUUUCUUUGGAGACAUAUUUAUGUGAGCUUACAAUAUGAAUUGCAAUGCCAAGAUACUAAUAGCAUUUAUAGUUACUUUGAUGUCCCAGAUAAAAAGAUCUUCCUAUGUGAUUUAGUUUCAAGAAGCUAUAGUAUGCAUGCAACGAGUUCUACCAUAAAAUCUCUGUGUAUGUGUUCAUAAGUAUAUGUAGGGACUGGAUAUACAUAUAAUCAGUGUUUCAUGUGGGUGGUGGGGAGGAAUGCCUGUUACAAACUCUGCCUGAGUUUGAGCACAUGUAAUGAGGAGGGCAAGGCAGUAAUGAAAGCAUGUUUGACAGCAUAUUUAUUGGGAUAAUACUUCAUGUUACAAAGCAAGAAAUCACUCCACGUGAUCAACAUUACUACAGAGAAAGCCUGACUCUUACACCCACCUGUUAAACCAGUCUCAUCAAACAUGCAGGUUAAGGAAAAAAAUUUCACUGCUGUCAGUGCUUAUGGGCACUUGGUGGGACUUAAGACCACACUUAGAUUAAAUAAAAGGUUCUGUUAGUCCCUUCAUGUUGAAUGAGUGUGGAUAUAAAAUUGAAUUUUUCAGCACUUAAUGUUGGUAGCGACACAUUUGAAAAAGAUUUUCAGAUGGAAAUUAUCCUGACAUCUUUUCCUUGAUGAUUUUUGUAAAAAACAGUGUCUCACAAAUCAUUUUUACCCAUGUGUUCUUUACACACAUGGUAUACAUGCAAGCACACAAGCAUUUAGACAAAACUUUUGAUACCUUUACAAUAACAUUGUGAACUCUGGCAGUCAACACUUCUUUUAUCAUCAGAUUUUUUUCAUCCAUUUUUGUGUCAUUCAUAUGUUACAGCCAGUAUUCUGGCAAUUGCCAUAAAAAUACUAAAAAGUGUAAGGUGGAAUGUUAAUAACCCAAAUUUAUAUAUUGCAGCAGAAAAAUAAUUUAUGACUGAUAUUCAUGAGCAGUGUUGAGGUAGGUGGACAUCGGAUUGUCUAUCUUCAGUGUGCUUUAUGAUGUAUAGCCUUUAUGAUGUGUAUAUAAAAACAACAUUUUGGAAAUCUUCACGACAGAUAUACUGUGUCAUAUAAAAAGACAUUAAAUAAAUUGCAAAAUAUCCUGUCAUUAAUUGAAAAUAGAUAUGAAAUUGUAUUUGCUGAUAGUGUAUUUUGUGUGUGCAAUGAUCAGUACAAAACUGGCUGGUGAUUCACAACAAGGUGUAAUUUUUCUUGUCUUGUUAUCCACUACACAAGAGGCAUCAUUGUUCAUUGAAUCUUGCAUAAAUGCUGUUUGCAAGUCCACCUACCUCAAGCUUCGGAGGAUCAGUCACAUCUGCUCCUUUCUAUGUAGUGGACUGAGCUUAUGUUCACAUGGGAAAAUGCUCUUUACAAAUCCUAUUAUAAUUAUGAAAAAUGUAGCUAAUAAAGCAUGAAACAUGUUUUUCUCUU